AAACCAUGACGAUUUCUCUGCGGCGUCCAUACGAUGAACAAAGGCCACAAUCAACCAUUCCAAGGGCAAGAAUUGAUGACCAUGAAAGCGCGUGCCAACUAUCAACGCAACCGAUCGCACGGACAGUAUGUAUCGAACCCGGUUCUGCAGCAGCAGGACAUCCUCCAGGUCCAGGAGAACAUCUUUGCGCAACCGCCAGUUGCGCCGCAUGCGUUUGCGCCGCCUGGAGCUGUUGCGCCGCCAACGGCGACGUAUGGACGUGGCGGCGACUCGGUGACGCCUAUGGAUCCGCAAAACUCGCUGCCGGCGACGUGGGGCCGGGAAGAUGUGUGGUGCUCUCAUCGGACUAUCGAGGACGGCUCACGGGUGCUUGCGCGGUCAAACCGGACUGGUGAGGCGCGGUUCGUGGACGGGCCUGCGCGGCCGUUCCUCUACCGAUCGACGAUUGUGUACGUGCGGCAGUACACGGCGUCGACGACGACGUAUCUUGUGGUUUCGUACCGGUCCGGCGAGAUCAAGCACAUCAUGGGCCCAACGCAGCUGUGGUUUGAUCCACUGACCAUGUCGUCGGUCAAGGUUAUGCCGGUCGUCCGGCUCAACUCGAACGAGGCGCUGGUCAUGUUCUCGUCGCCCGACGGCGAGGACGGCGCGGGUGAGGACGUGCAGCGGCGGAUUAUCUACGGACCAACGGCAAUGAUGCCAGCACACAACGAGUGGAUCGAGACGUUCUCGUGGGGCGGCGAGGGCGGAGCAACGUUCUCGCGCCUCCGGCUGGUUCCUGAAGAGUUCUCAGUGGAGAUCGAGAACGCGCGGACUACCGAUGAUGCGACGCUCAAGCUCAACUUUGCGCUUGUCUUCCGGCUUGUUGACAUCGAACGGAUGUGCGACGAGACGGCGGAUCCAGUUGCGGACGUGACAUCGGCCAUUGCGGCCGACGUCCUUGCCUUUGUCUCCAAGAUGAGCUUUGAGGAGUUCAAGGCCUUUACUGAGAACCUCAACAACACUGACUCGUUCCCGAACCUUGUGCGGCGGGCCGAGGCCUCGGGCUUCCAGAUCAUGAACAUUGCGUUCCGCGGGUACUCGGGAACCUCGACCAUGCAGGGUCUGCAGGAGCGCGGCUUUGAACGGCGGAAGCAGCUUGAGCUCGAGACCGAGACCGAGUCGCAGAAGCAGGAACUGCUGGCCUUCAAGCAGCGGGCCGAGCUCGAGCGGUCCAACGAGCGCCGCGAGAUGGAGCUUGCUGAGAAAAACCAUGUGAUGGAGCUCGCGAUCCUGGAGCAGGAGAAGCAGGCCAAGAUCAAGGCUACUGCGGCGCGCAUCGAGCUCGAGGCGCGCCAGGCGGAAAUGGCGGCCGAGGAGGAGCACGCCCGCAACAUGCUUGCGCUUCGGACCGACUACCUCCGGACGCUUGCCUCGGAUCUCAGCGUCGAUCUCACAAAGGUUCUUGUGGCACAGGCUGCCAUCUCGCCGGACUCAUUCAUCAAGGUCGACCUCGGCGACAACCCCGAGGGCACCGUCCACUUGCACGCAUCGCCGACGCCAUCGUCACAAACGCGGCGGUGACUAGUGCUUGGGCAGCGGGAGGAGGCUUGCUGGCUUGGCAAAGAUCGGCGGCGCGGACGCUGAGCUUGUGGCCGCCAGUCCUCCGCCCGAGUACAUGCCACCGAGCACGUCGGUCGGAGCCGGUGUGGCCAGCUUGGCCAGCUCGGCCAACUCGGGCGGUGCGGUCCUUGGGAGGCCGACGAGCAGGCUGAACCGGUCGCGGUCCGGCAGGACCUUGAUGGAGAGCGUGCCGAGAAGCGCGCCACCGCAGGCCAGGAUCUUGGUCGAGAGCGCAAUGUCGAGCGGGCGAGUGGUGGCGACGUGAGUAAACGGCUCAUCGAGCGCAA